AUGUCCAGAGCGGCUGAUUUUGAUAAUGAUGAUGAACACUCCACCUCAACAUUUAGGUUUCUCACCAUUCCAGAUGGGUUGCCGCCAGAUCAUGGCCGUCUCUCCAAUCCUGCUGAGUAUGCAACGGCAAUGGAAAAACUUGGCCCCGUCUUGGAGUAUCAUUUGCUGUGCAGCUUAUCUGACGGAACUCCUCCGUUCACUUGCAUUAUAACAGAAACUUUUAUGUCUUGCACUUAUGAAGUGGCCAACAAGAUGGGAUUGCCCCGAGUCAUCUUUUGGACAAUGUGCGCCGCCUCUUCCAUUGCUCAGUGCAACGCCAACAAUCUCCUCUCCCGCGGACAUAUUCCUGUCAAAGUGUUAGAAUCGAAGAGGGCAGACAAAGUGAUUAAUUGUUUGCCAGGUAAUCUUCCGCGUUUUUUGCCGACCGAUCUACUUUCCUUUUAUCGCGCUAGCGAUCCAUCAGACUUUUUUUUUCAGCACUGUCUCCGUGAGUCCCAAUUUCAAAGUAAGGGAGAUUAUGUGCUGGUCAACACGUUCGAUGAGCUGGAGGCUCCCGACACGGUAAGCCCGCUGUCCUGUAAUGGCUGCCCUGCUUUGGCAAUAGGUCCUGUAUUUCUUCCCAAUUUCCUCCAAGGAAAAGAUGUGAACGGGUGGGCUAGUCUGUUGGAGCAGGACGAGAGCUGCCCAAAAUGGCUUGAUGCCCAUCCCCGAACUUCAGUGAUUAUGCCGAGAGGCGUGGCGUUCCUACACAGUCUCAGCAGGGGAGUGAAGGAUAGAAUAAAAUUAGAAUAUUCUCUAUAA